AUGGUAACCUUAUCCCAGAAGAAGCUUGUAGAAUCCAUAAAGCUAAUUGAGAGGGAAUGGAUAAAAAUGCACCGGGCUUUGGCCAGAUCAAAAUGUGGGGAGAUGAAAGAGGUCCAAUACAAGUAUGUUGAGAUGAUUGGAAAAGGAUCCUUUGGCGUCGUUGUCAAAAUAAUGGACGACCGGUGUAACUUCUUUGCACUGAAAAGAGUCUAUCAGGAUAGGAGAUAUCACAACAGGGAGCUUGGGAUUCUAAUGGAGAUAGACCAUCCAAACAUUGUAAAGCUUAUAUCAUAUUUCCAUACAGACAAAACGCCUUCCGGAAUGUAUCUCAACAUCAUUACAGACUUUGCUGGGAUAAAUCUGGAAGAGUACAUAAAAUCAAAUAGAAGCGUGGAGGUAAGAACAAUCAGAUCAAUAUAUAAGCAGAUUCUGGAAGGACUGAGGUACCUACACGAGAAGGGCAUAUGUCAUAGAGACAUAAAGCCAUCUAAUAUACUCAUAGGGCCCAAUGGAUUGGUCAAGAUCUGUGAUCUUGGAAGUGCAAAGGUGAUUGUGAGAGGAGAACGGAACAUAACGUACAUAUGCUCCAGAUUCUAUCGGGCACCGGAGAAUCUUUUGGACUACAAGGAAUAUGACUUUAAGAUUGACGUGUGGUCUGCGGGGUGUGUGAUUGCUGAGUUUAGGCAUCCAGGGCCUAUGUUUAAGGGGGGCACAAGCGGUUCCACACUCAACAAAAUUCUUGAAAUUGUUAGAACUUCCUUGGAGGACUUGAUUGAGCUUGGAUACCAAAAAUCUGAUUAUAAGCCCGGGUUAGGCGUUAGGAAGUAUCUUGAGAAGUUCUUUGACGAUACCGAUCUUCUUGACGUUCUUGAAAGGUCUUUGACAUUUUCACCUUGCAAAAGAUCUACUGCUUCUGAGUUAUUAAGUAAGCCUUUUUUCCAGUGUUUGGAAAGAUAA